AUGGACUCGGUCUGUGUGGUCCCUGAAUCCGCGGGAAUUGUCACCAAAGUUGUGCGAGUGCGUGUGUCUGCGAGGACCCUGCCCUCCACGCUCUCGGCCUGUGCGGAAGGACCCCGCUGCCGCCUGUCCCUGGCAGGGCCCGUUCCUGGCAGGCUCCUGGCCGCGUCGCUCAGGGGCUGUGUCCCCACCGGCUGCUCAGGGUCCUCACGGGCCAAGGGCUGCCUGUGCGGCUUCACCGUCAGCGCUUGUGCCCGCGCCAAGUUCUACAGGGACGUGGAGGCCGUGAAGGACAGCUCUCAUGGGGUGAAAAUCAUGGGGGGCUUUGGGCUCUGUGCGAUUCCGGAGAAUGUUAGGGGCGCUGCUCAGACCCCAGUGGGGCAUUUGACUAUGAUCAGCAGCAACGCGGGCGUGGACCACUGCGGGCUGGGCCUUUACUGGCGGCCAAGCAGAUGUCCCCAUCGCAUGGCCUGCCCCUACGUGGGCCAGAACACGCUCUAUGAGCACCACUUCUUGGCGGGUGAGCUGGAGCUGGAGGUACCCCAGGGCCCUUUGGCUGAGCGCAUCCAUGCAGGCGGGGCUGGGGUGCCCUUCUACACGCCCAGGGCCAGCGGGACUCUGGUUCAGGAAGGAGGCGCCCCCAUCAGGUACGAUCCCGGCGCAGUGGCCAUCAUGAGUCAGCCCAGAGGGGAGGACUUUCACGGGCAGCACUGUCUUUUGGCGGCCAUCACCAAGGAUGUUGCUUCGGUGCAAAGGUGGAAGGCACCGAGUGGAAACACUAUCUCCGGUGGGAGCACCAGGAAGUUCAACCUGCCCAAGUGCAGAGCUGGAACCUCCGUGGUGGAGGUUGAAGAAAUGGUGGGUGUGGGGUCGUUUGCCCCAGAAGACAUUCAUAUCGAUCACAGUACAGGGGGAAAGUUUGAGAAGAGAGUUGAGUGGUUAACAAUCCGGAAAGAGAAAGAUGGAAAAGCUAGGUCUUCGGAUGAUGUAACAGCUCAAAUCAUCAAACGGGAAGAUCUUGAAUUUGAGGAUGGCACGUAUGCCAAUGUGGGCAUAGGAACCCCUCUUCUGGGCAACUACAUCCGUCCCAAUAUAACUGUCCACCUUCACAGUGAAGAUGGAGUCCCAGGCGUGGGUCCAUGUCCAUUGGAGGAGGUGGGUGCAGAUCUCAUCAGUGCUGGCAAGCAAACCGCCAUCAUUCUUCCCAGGGGCUGUUUUCUCUCCAGCGAUGACUCUGCUAUGAUCCGAGGCGGACACAUCCACCUAACCGAGCUAGGAGCCAUGCAGGUUUCCAAAUAUGGUGACCUGGCUACCUGGAACCCCGGAAAGAAGGUGAAGGGAAUGGGGGGUGCGGUGCACUUGGUGUCCAGGAUCAAGACCAGAGUAGUGCUCACCAUGGAGCACUGCACCCAGGCCAACGAUCCCCAAAUCUUGGAGAAGUUCUCGAUACCCCUGACCGGGAAGCGGUGUGUGGACGCAGUCAUCAUGGAAAAGGCCGUGUGACGUGCACAAGAGGAAGGACUGACGCUGGCUGAGCUCUGGGAAGGCCUAACCCGGAGGACAUCAGAGAGCGCGGGGAGCGCCUUUGCCAGCUCACCCAUGGCCAGGCCCCGGCAGCAGCUGACAGAUUGGGUCAUCGCCCCCCAAGGCUACUCAGCCUAUUACUGUGAGGGGGAGUGCUCCUUCCCGCUGGACUCCUGCAUGAACGCCACCAACCACGCCAUCGUGCAGUCCCUGCCCCCGUAG